AUGACCCUCUCGUCGGGCUUCCACAUGCCCGGCGCCUUCCACGCCGACGGAAUCCACCAGGGCCUCUUCCGCCCGCCCGUCUCGCCUGCGUCUAGCUCCGGAUACCUCCCCACCGCUGCGAGACCCGCCCCCGCCGUCGUCGACACCGCGUCGACACCCAAGCGCAAGCGAAACCACCAUCAACACCACCAUCACCAUCAUCAGACCCCCCACACCGCCUCCGAAAAGGCCAGCGGCUGGCCCGACCACGACGAUGCGCCCCCGACGGCCACGAAGCCCUCGGGCGGCGUGCUGGCUCCUCCGGCCCCCAUCUUCACCCACGGUCACCCGGGUGUCUACACGCUCGCCGGUGAGGUCGGCACGCCGCACGCCGGGCCUGACGACAGCAGCGUCCUCGGCGAGAGCAUGUACUCCGACUCCAACUACCGCAGAGCCCUCGGCUGCAAGCGCCCCCGCGAGGACGUCGACAUGACAGACCCCGGCGGCCCGAUGCCGCUCUUCAACCUCCCCACCGAACCGUCCCAGCCGCGCGGAUGGAGCAGCGUCGCCUUCAGCACCCUCGGCGGCGUCGUGGGCAAGGUCUGGGAGUUUUGCAAGGCAGGCGCCUUCAAGGGCUUUUACGCCGGUGGCGGGGCGGGAUACGAUGUGCAGCCGGGAGACGAGCUCGCGCCCGAGACGCCGCAAUACUACGACGACGAUAAAGUCGCCGAUGAACACCGUGUGCCGGGGUACUUUCCCCAGGGCGCAGGCGAGUACCACUACAACGAAGCGGCCGAGGAUACAUAUACGGGAUAUGAUAGCCGAGCGUCUACGCCGACUGCGCCGGCCGCGAAGCGGAGACAUAUGAGUGCCGCAGACGAGCUGGGCAGAAACUGGGUCAUGGUUAAGGAACCGCAUGCUGGGACAGCGACGCCGACGCCUCGUAAGCAGACUGCAAACCGAUCACAGCCUCGGAACCGGAAUCACGGCCCUGCCGUCACCACCGGCCGCCGGAUCGCCGCCAGCCCCCGCAACACGCCCAACGCCGGCGCCACCAACCCUGCCAUCACAACGCCCCGUCGAUACUCCAGCCGUCUGAGCUCUUCCGCAGCCGCCUCCACGUCUGCUCAGGAACCGCCCCGGCCGGCUUCCUCUGCCUCGCUGGCCUCCUUCCGGUCUCCAGAGCCGGCCAAGGCGGCCAGUAGGGCCGUUCCCAACCCUGCCGGCUCGGCAUCGCCAACGCACGCCGCCAGUACUCACUCUCGGCGGCGCUCCCUGAACCAGUCCAUCGGACACGCCUCAUUUUCUCACCGCCGGACCCAUAGCAACGCGUCCACUGCGUCCAGCCGCGGCGGCAGAGACCAGGACCCCAUCGAGGCGAGCCCCCGCCUCGACGCCGAGGCCAAGAAGCUGGCAACGCGGCGCAAGAUGGAGGAACGGGACGCGGACGUGCGGAUCGCGGCCUUCAACAAGAGGCUCCAGGACAUGAUUAGGCAGGGCAAGGAGGCGCUCGGAACGACAGUAGAAGUCGAUGGCGGAGAUGGAGGAUGGGAGGAUGACGACUGA